AUGGAUCUUUCCUCUCCUCUUCUCAGAUACUUCGCACAGAACUCCUGGAGCUGCCCGAGCUCAGACUCUGAAUUCUACAACAUCUCGUCUCCUGAAGCAGUGUCUCCCACCUCCUACAUGGACUUCUCUCCCUCAGUCCAACAGCAGAACAUUUCUUCUCCACCUCACUCAGGACACCUCGGUGGUACCAAGGCACCCAUCUCUGGUUCUUUACAUGAGGCCAGUGGACGUUCUCGUGAAGGUACUAAAAGAACACGCUCCAAGAACCCUAGCAAGCAAAGACAGAGUGCCAGCGAGAAGGAGAAGCUUCGAAUGAGGGACUUGACGAAAGCUCUCCAUCAUCUCAGGACUUACUUACCUCCUUCCGUGGCUCCUGUCGGCCAAACCUUGACGAAGAUCGAGACUCUUCGUCUCACCAUCCGCUACAUCUCCUACUUGUCAUCUCAGUUGGGCCUCAGCGAAGAGUCUCUCUGCAAAAUGAGGGACCUGGGAACUUCUAGAUACCAAGAUUCAUCUCAAAACCAGACCGAAGGGUUUUGCUGGUCCAGUUCAAUUCCAAAGUACUGGGGAUUUAGAGAUGGGGUUACAGCAUACCAAGAACAGCAUCAAAGCAACUUCAGUACAGAAAGCAGGUUGAGGACAAAAGAAGUGGAACGUUGUCAAGUUUACAUGGGCAUGGAGACACCCGCUUAUGAUGACUCCUUUAACUCAAGCUUGGAGUCUCUAUUGUAA